AUGCCUAGAGUAAAGACAAGACCAAUGAAAGGUAAGAAGGUAGUACCUCCCCCAAGCCUUACCUCAUCGCCAUCACCUGAAAAAUCACCAGAGAAAGCCCCUGAAAAGUCUCCACCUCCGCCAGAGCAGCACCCCGAAGAACAGUUGCAGCGUGAGGAAGUUCCUUCUCCCCAAAAGGAGAAAAAGUCGACGAAAAGAGGGCGAAAGCCUACCAAGGCGAAGCCUCUGCCAAAGCCCACUGAAGAGGRGAAUAGAGUUUCGCCAGAUGAAGAAAUCGCAAAAGAAGAGAGACCAGUGGAUAACGAAGAAGUCCAGCCUGAAGAAAGAAACGAAGAUGAAGUUCCAGCCUUCUCCCCUGAAACAGUGCAGGUAGUGGAAGAUUUUGUUUGGACUCUAUCAGAAAAUGAGAGAGACCUUAUGGGUUUCAGAGAAUGGGGUUUCAACAAGGGUGAAUCUAGUGGAGCCAAGGUUGUAAAGGAAGAAGAAGACAAAGUCCAGAGUGACAAAGAAGAAGAGAAAGCAAUCUCAGCUGCUACAAGAAAAUCGCCGAGAAAAAGAAAGACAUCGCCCAAGCAGACAGCUGGCAAGAAAAAGAAAGCAAAGGGCGAAGCAGCAAAGGAGAAGCAUAAAGAAGAUUCCCCAGCGAAAAGGAAAGGAAAAGAAAAGGUUGCUGCAUGA